GUAAAAUGUUUCUUAGUGUGUGGGAUUUAGUGCUUUGUUUUUCCCUCUACAGAUGCACCUUUGGUUCUCCCUAGUGCUUGGUGAAUCUUUUUUCCCACUUUUUUCUCUUCUUUGUUCCAAGCUAUGUCAUGAAGAGUAACCCACCCAUCCUACUCUGCUUUGGGCCUCUACACUUUACUCUUCUUAGCUUUAAGAUAGAUGAUGAUCAUUUCCUGUGGGUUUAAGGAUUGCAAACAAAUGGGUCACCUACUUCUCGUUUUUGUUCACUACUGAUGGGUCUCUGCCACUGUUUCAGAUGCAUUUAUUUCCCCCUUUGCAUCCAUUCAUGUGUUUUACCCCUCUCACACAUUAAAGUUCAUAAAUAAACACAUCAAGAUCUCACUCUGCACUCUCUUAUCAGACAAAUGAAGCCGAAAGUUUCAAAAUUUUCCUAGUUCUGUUCACAGCAGGGGCAAAUGGCGAAGGAUUACCCGGGAUCUCCGAAAGCCCAGCAAUUGUUGGAAUCGAAGAAGCAGCGGCUCGCCUACAUCUUGGCGGUGAGCGGGCUCUGCGUCGUGUUCUACAUCCUCGGCGCAUGGCAAAACUCCGCCGCCGCACCCAAAACCCCCACCACAUCCACCACCAUUUCCAAAAUUGGCUGCGACUCCUCCCACCCGCUCCCCAAUUCGCACUCCCAGCCCGCGCCAUCUUUAUCAUCCUCCUCUUUUAUAGCUUCUGAGCCGAUGCUCGAUUUCGAGGCCCACCACCAGCUGGCCCUCGACGAUUCCGCGGCCUCGGCCGGGACGUUCCCGGCCUGCGCUCUCAACUUCAGUGAGUAUACCCCGUGCCAGGACCGCACCCGGGGCCGGCGGUUCGACCGAGCAAUGCUCGCUUACCGGGAGCGGCAUUGCCCGGACAAGGAUGAGCUCAUCCGGUGCCUCGUGCCGGCCCCCCACGGGUACAAGGCCCCGUUUAAGUGGCCGCAGAGUAGGGAUUACGCUUGGUAUGACAACAUUCCUCACAAGGAGCUUAGCAUUGAGAAGGCCAUUCAGAAUUGGAUCCAGGUCGAGGGCGACCGGUUCCGGUUUCCCGGCGGCGGGACAAUGUUCCCGCGGGGGGCCGACGCGUACAUUGAUGACAUAAAUGAGCUCAUUCCUUUAACCAAGGGGAAUAUUAGAACUGCACUUGAUACUGGAUGCGGAGUUGCUAGCUGGGGAGCUUAUUUGCUGAAGAGAGAUAUCAUAACAAUGUCGUUUGCGCCGAGGGACACGCACGAGGCGCAGGUGCAGUUUGCUUUGGAGAGAGGAGUGCCGGCAAUGAUCGGAGUGAUGGCCACGCAGAGGAUGCCGUAUCCGGCUAGAGCUUUCGACAUGGCUCAUUGUUCGCGGUGUCUAAUUCCUUGGCAUGCUUAUGAUGGACUGUACCUUAUUGAGGUCGAUAGACUUUUAAGGCCGGGAGGCUAUUGGAUUCUGUCGGGCCCUCCGAUCAAUUGGAAGAAGUAUUGGAGAGGUUGGGAGAGGACCAAAGAAGAUCUAAAGGAAGAGCAAGACAAGAUCGAGGAUGUCGCGACGCGCCUGUGCUGGAAGAAGGUGAUCGAGAAGGAGGAUCUCUCGGUUUGGCAGAAGCCCAUCAACCACGCCGAUUGCAUUAAGAGCAGAAAGGUCUAUAAAACCCCUCACAUCUGCAAGAACGACAACGCUGAUGCCGCCUGGUACAAGAAGAUGGAAGCUUGCAUAACUCCGCUGCCGGACGUGGACAGUGAGGAAGAAGUUGCGGGUGGGGAGUUGAAGAAAUGGCCAGAUAGGGCGUUCUCCGUCCCGCCAAGAAUAACUAGAGGCUCUAUUCCAGGGAUAAACGCAAAGAAAUUCGAAGAUGACAGCAAGAUGUGGAACGAGAGGGUGGCACACUACAAGCGGAUUGUUGCCCCUCUAUCUCAAGGGCAGUAUAGGAAUGUGAUGGACAUGAAUGCAAACCUGGGCGGAUUCGCGGCUGCCAUGAAUAAGUUUCCGGUCUGGGUAAUGAACGUGGUACCUGCCAAUUCGAACCACGACACACUUGGUCUGAUAUAUGAACGUGGGUUCAUUGGCACAUACCAGGACUGGUGUGAAGCUUUCUCGACGUAUCCAAGGACUUAUGAUCUCAUUCAUGCAGACAAUGUGUUUAGCAUUUAUCAGGACAGUAUUUUGAAUAUUCAUAGGUGCGACAUCACAUACAUACUCUUGGAGAUGGAUAGGAUAUUGAGGCCGGAGGGAACGGCCAUAAUCCGCGACACGGUCGAGGUCCUGACUAAAGUUAAGAGCAUAACAGAUGGAAUGAGAUGGAAGAGUCAUAUCUCAGACCACGAAAACGGCCCUUUCAACCCCGAGAAAAUCCUCGUAGCCGUUAAGAGCUACUGGACUGCGGAGGCCUCCACAGAGCAGUAGCAGUCGACGCUUUUCAUCGCCCGGAGUAUCUUCUUUGCUAUUAUUGCUAUCCAACAUUGAAGCAAUUUUGCCGUUGAUGUGUAGCAUUAGAUUAUCUAUUUUCUUACGUGCCCGUCCUUUCUUCGCCUUCGAACUUUCGCCUCGAUUCGAUGUAUCUAAUUCUUUGAGACUCCCUUGUAAGAAAGGGAGCUUUGAAACGGUGAGGUGUGAGUGGGUUAGUGAGAUACUAAAAUAGCCGCGGAACACGGAGCUUUGGGACUUGUUGUUUGUGCUCAUCAUGAUCAAUACGAGUAUUAAUUUAUGCAGUAA